GUGCGUGAACCGAAGAUGCUCUGGUGGCGAAAAAGCGAUGUGACAGAAGAGGGGAGAUUUCAUGAGCAGAGCGCGCUUGUCAUGCCUUGCCCACGGGCGAACACGAUCCACGUUUUGCUGUCUGCGUGUCGACACCAGGCUGCACCUCCAUGGACGCCGAAUGGAGGUUUGUUUGUUUUUUUGGAAGGCUGCGUCACUGGCGGAGGAGAUGAAUUGUUUUAACGACGCGGCGCCUCCCAAUCACCGCCAACACAAGGUGACAAGUGGGUGGUGUGGCCAGGAUUUGUCCAGCGUCAUUUCAAGAACUGCCGGGGUCCAACUGAAGCAAAACAAGUCUGACCAAUCAGCUGACCAGCACAGCCUGGAAACUAAGCAUGCUGACGGGUCAUCACCUGUGUCUGGCCAUGAAUAUCCACCUGCACAGGUACAGGCAAUGUGUCCCGUCCAGUUCCAGGCACCACACACCCAGCGUGUGCUCAGCACUGGCAGGACGUGGGAACUGUCAUGGUGGCCUGCUGAGAAAGACUGGCUACAUUACCCAUGACCAACAGGGCUGAAGAGACUCCAGUGAGAUGAUCGGCAGCCGGAGCUGAGACUCGACUGUGAAUCAGUAACUUGGUGCUACACGUAAAGCCAGCAGGCUUUUGGUUUCUUGGUGCUGAAGAAAGAAGUCAGGCAGUUCGGACGCUUCUGGUGUUGGUUUGAGGCCCUCCGUGUGCUGCAGUGGAGGGCUUCACAGACACAGCUGGUCCGGCUGGAUGCAUCACGCAGUGGAGCAGUUUGGCGGGCGUGGCACACGGGAUUCCUUCCCUUUGGACGGACUCAACCGAGGACCAUGGGGUCCCGUGGGCGGCCGUGCCUGGGCGCCACCUGCCAGAUUUUCACCUGGAAUGAACCAACACCAGCUUCUUCCCCAUCUACCUCCUGGUCCGAUGGACGGACUCAACCAUCCUAGUAAAUUCUUCAAUAAUGCACCCAUGCAUGUGCGAGGAGGAGAGAAGCUGGAUCUGCCACCAGUGGUGUCGCCAAGUCUGCAGAGGGAGCCGCAGAGACCUCAUCAUCAUCAUCCUCCUCUUCAUCCUCCACCUCCCCACAGAGCAUGGGAACAGCUGUAUGAAUCCCACCUCCCUCCUCAAGGGCAUCCUGGCAUCCCCCUGCCUGGUGAACACUCUCUCCGUCUCCACAGUGGAGGGUACGCCGGCAGCAGCACACUGCUGUCCAACCCCCACCUUCCCCCGAGCCGAGCCAGCCACAUGUUAAAGGAGCAGUACGUUCCCAGGGCUCCAUCAUUGCUGGGAGAUGAGACGUGGGCUCAGGUGUCACAGCAGAGGGGCUUCCCAGGGAAGAUGGCAGGAGGUCAUUUAAAGCGACCAGCCCCUCCUCUGGGAGAGCACUCUGUCAUCCAGCACACUCCUCCACCAUCCCUGCACCCGUCGCUCCGCCCCGCCUCCGAGGACUGUCCCAGUCCGAGCAAGAGGAAGAAGAGUUCAGAUCAGGUUUCACACCCCAGACUGCAGCGUUUUCCUGCAUCCAACCAGUCUCUGCCACAGCAGCAGUCCUCAGUCCACCACCUCCCACCCAAACCAGUCUUCUGGAACCCCCUACAUAAGGACAGCACUCCAUGGCAACCGCCGACCUCUGAACACAAGAACCCACAAUCUCAGGAGGAAACCAACAAACAAGGAAUGGGCAGCUACACCCAAAAGUCAUCCCCGGCCUCUUGCACCUCUUCACCUAUUGCUUCUCCCGGAGGCUACAAUCAGGGAUGUGGCACCCCUCAACUCAAGAACGAUGUGUUUCAACCUCAGGCUGUAAACCAGCAGUCUCCCCAAUCCUCCUACCGAGGGACCAGCUCCAAACCAGGGCUACCAUCACCCUGCCAGGCUUUGGAAUCUCAUGGGCAUCAUACCCAGAGAGGCCCACUCCCUGGGGGCCAAGCUGGAAGCCAGGCUCCCUCUCACACCACAUCAACCUCGACCAGAGGGCAAAACGAACAGCGCCUACAAUCUUCACCAGCAAACCCCCCCUCAACCAGCCACAACAAAAACAGCAGUGUGCCUUACAGUCGUUUCCAGCCUCAUCCUGGGCUGGCGUACCAGGGCCCCCUUCUUCCUCCCCCAACUGCCAGCAACACCACAGUACCUCAGCAGCAAAGCGGGCCCCACGACAACUGGAGAUACCAGAACCAACCCAGCAGUCACCCCUUGGAGUCAAGUGUCUACAGGCCUCCAGGACUGCGACCUCAAUGCCAGCAGAGCCGCAAUCAAGUUGUAGAUAGUUUUGUUCCAGUUCCCUCCCAGCACCUCCAAAACGUCAGCCCUCCUCUGCCUCAGACCACCUCUACCCGUACCCCUGUCAUAACUCCCAACCUUCCCGUUUGUCAAACCACGUGUACGGUCAGCAGUGACGCAAGAACAGCUGUUGUACCUACUGUGACCACAGCACCCCCUGCUGGCUGUACUGUGAACAACAACAACUCAAGUAAAAGCAGUUUGGAGAAGGGCAGAGAACCAGUACCCCAGUCCUCCACUAGCCCCACCCCUCGGCUAGAUGCUCUGCUGCAGCCAGGAAGUCAGAGGGUUCAGGUCCCAGUGGCCAGUCAGUCUCAACAGGGUCUCAUCCCACCUCAGUCCACUGGGAAGACUUCAUACUAUGGGCAGACUGGGCUGGAGCUUUCUCCUGCGUUUGCCUUGUCCUCCUCUUUGUUCUCCUCGGGACAGGUGCAACAGAGGGCAGGAGACAGCGUCAUCACAAGCAGACUUUCGAACCCUCUUCAAAGUUCUCAUGCCGCUUACUGCCCAGUGGCUCCAACGCCUCCUCGUUCCACUGUGAACUCUUCCUACUCCCGGCCACAGAUCCGUCCUCUGGCCUCCGGCCCCCAGUCCAUCAAAGAGGCUCUGGAUAAACUGGAUGCCGAGCUGGAAGGACACAUGCAAGCUGAGGAAAGGAGGAAGAGGGAGGAGCAAGAGAGAAUAAUGAGAGAGGAGGAGAGGCAGAAAAAGGAAAGGGAGGUGAAGCAGAAACGUGAGGAGGAGGAAGAGCAGAAAAGGAGAGAAUUACAGAGGCAGGAGGAACAGCACAAAAGAGAAUUAAAGAGGCAGGAGGAGGAGAGAAAAAAAGCAGAAUGGGAGCGACAGGAGCAGGAGAGCAAACGCCGAGAGUGGGAGAGAAGAGAAGAGGAGAGGAAGAGAAAAGGACUGGAGAUGAAAGAAGAGGAGCGGAAGCGGAAAGAAGUUGAGAGGAUGGAGGAGGAAAGGAAAAGGAGGGAGUUGGAGCGGCAAGAAGAGGAAAGGAAACGAGAAUGGGAGAAGGAGCGGCAAAGGAGGAAAAGAGAAUGGGAACGGCAGGAGAGAAAGAAGAAAGAGCUUGAAAGGGAGGAGGAGGAGAAGAGAAAGAGAGACUUGGAGUGGGAAGAGGAGAGGAAGAGGACUUUAGAGAGAAAGAGGGAGGAGGAACUGUGCAGUGCGAAAGGCAAAGAGCAGACUGCGAUUGAAAAUCUGGAGAAACUUCUCUCCUCCAACACCUCUCCAACACCGCCGCCGCCUCCCCCGCUCUCCUCAGUCACAGCACCUCCUUCAGGUGCAUCACCCCCUGGCUCCCAGGCAUCACCUCCUUAUCCCUGGCUAAGUCGUGGCGGUGUACUCCCCCCAGCUCCUUCUCACAGCGCCACUAUUCCUCUUGACAGGCUGCGCCCGCCUCCUCUCACACCUCAGACAGAGUGUGCCAGAGAAAAGCAGAGGCAGAGGGAGAUGUGGAGCAACAAUGGCAGAUCGACAUUCAGUCCCUCGUUAACACAGAGUACCUCAGGUAUGAACCAGCCACUGUACCCCAACAAGCCCCCAGCAAUGCAAGCAGCACCUGCCCAAUCCAAAGAUUCAGCCAGAGAGAGGGAUGGCAGCAGCCCACAGGAGAAGGCUGGAGGUCUUCACUCCUUCUCCACAUUGGCCCUGAGAGAACCCCCCAAACUUUAUCAGGCAUUUCCCAGAGACAACCCACCACCUGUAGAGGAAGUUCUCCACAAGCAAGGUCCAGAUUCUGUGCUGGAGACCUUAAACAGCAGCUGCAGCACUACUUCGGACAGCGCUCAGUUUGAGGAGGAACCUUCAGAGCUGAACACGCUGCUCCCUGACGGAUUGGCUAACAUCAUGGCAAUGUUGGAUGAAUCCAUCAAAAAGGAAGAGGCGAUGUAUGAUGCCAAGACUGGAUCUGCAGGUCUUCUUGACAGCUUUGCUCCAAGCGUUCAGCCAGUCAAGAGCUACCUCUGUGCGCCAGACCUCAUUCCAGCACCGAAGCAUCAGCCGAACCAGGAUGAUUUUGGAACCAAUGCUCAUGCUAGCCCCCCUGUGCUCAGCCGCCAAGGCUCUUUAGCAUCCCCUUGCAGCCGUACAUCUUCUCUCAAUGAGGAGGAGGAGGACUACCGGAAACCUCCUCUGACUGUCCCUAUGAAUUCUAAACAGUCAGCGGAUGUGGGAAUGGCUGUCACGAACACCAGCUACCGCCACAGCGAUCUGGCUAGACUUUAUGGCCUCCCUGAAGCAAAUAAAAGUGAGGUAGAUGAGGAGGAUGAAGAAGAGGACUCAGAGACUCCAUCAUGUUCUCCACCACCCCAAAGGCCCCACUUACACCAAACAGGUGUCAACAGCAUGUUCAAGUCCCUGGCAAUGGUCCUGGAGAGCCAGAAGUAUACUUACCGUGGUGGACCUUUUGGGAGGCCGCCUCCAUCAGCUCUGGUUGGGGUUAAAUAUUCAUCUUCACUGUCACUGGGUCCUGAUAUAUGCUGCCAGCAGCAAGGUGGUUCUCCCACAUCGGAAGCCACAAAUCCAGGCAACCCACUUCCAAAAUGCUCCUUGCCUGUUCAGGUGGAAAUCAAGAAGCUGUCAGUGGAGGAGGUCAACAUAUGGAGGGAUGACGAUGACUCGACGGAGGAAAAGAGUGACUCUGCUGAGAAAGAAAGUAGUUCUCCCGUACACCCUGCUAAAGCGGUUAAGGAGCAGCAAAGGUUGACGACCAUCUCAGCAUCUUCUCUGGCUGAGCUGAGCAAGAGCUGCGAAGUGGCCCUUAGUCGACAGUCACUGCCGAGUGAGAGCUCCUUCGGUAAACCCAACAUCCAUGUCAAUCUGAAAGACAGAUGUAGGCCAGAGAGGCGGAAGGAACGGGAGCGAGACAGAGACAAAAACAGGGACAGGACGGGAGAGAGGGACAAGGAGAAGAAGAAAAAGCAUGGACACAGUCACUGCGGCAAAAGGCAUGAGGACAGAAAAGACAAGAAGAGGCACAGAGAAAAGCGGGAGGAGACUGCCUUGUCCUCCUCUUCAUCAUCAUCAUCUUUAUCCACCCAUUCCAGGUCCAGUCACAAGCGACACAAGGAAGGGAAGAGCCAUAAGGAGAAGGAUCGGAGAAUUCUUGGUGACCUCAACCUUCAAAGCAAAGAGGGGUCUGAGAAGAACUGGGCUCAUUGUGAGAUGGACAAAAAGAAACGCAAGGAAGUGUCCAGUUCCAGUUCCACCAGUGAAGGAGAACAUACAGAAUGGACUUCAAGAAGUUCUGGAGAAAGAUGUUCUCAGGGCACAAAAGUUGCUGAAUCAUGUGGUUCAUCACUAGGUUCAACAGACUUCCUGAAGCUGAAGGCAUUGUCAGAUGGGCCACCGAAGGAGCUGAAGAUCCGCCUGAUCAAGGUGGAGAGCGGAGACAGGGAGACUUUCAUCGCCUCUGAGGUGGAAGAGAAGAGGAUCCCACUGCAGGACAUCAGCAUUAAGAACACGGCCAGUGAAAUCAUCAGGUCGUGCAAAUGUGCAAGAGUCAAAGGGAAAUUCAAAGAGUCCUACUUGCUUCCAGCCUUUUCUGUCAAGCCUGUCCUGACAUCAGAAGAGCCCAUUCCGAGAGAGAAACUCAACCCUCCAACACCCAGCAUCUAUUUGGAGAGUAAGCGAGACGCCUUCUCCCCCGUGCUGCUGCAGUUCUGUACAGAUUCGAAGAACCCGGUUACUGUCAUCAGAGGCUUGGCUGGAUCACUGCGACUCAACUUGGGUUUGUUCUCCACAAAGUCCCUGGUGGAAGCUAAUGCAGAGCAAGCUGUGGAGGUCAGGACGCAGGUACAGCAGCCGGCCGAUGAGAACUGGGACCCGAGUGGGACGGGUCAGACGUGGCCCUGUGAGAGCAGCCGCUCCCACACCACCAUCGCCAAGUACGCCCAGUACCAGGCCUCCAGUUUCCAGGAGAGCCUGCAGGAGGAGAAAGGCAGUGAUGAAGAGGAUGAGGAGGAUGAGAAGAAGCCUUUCAACAGUUCUGACACACCCAGCAAAGACGUCUCCAAAGAAAAUAACAGUGGUGAGCAGAAACCAGUGGGGAAGAUAAUUAAGUUUGGCACUAAUAUUGACCUGUCAGAUCCUAAGAGAUGGAAGCUUCAGCUGCAAGAGCUGCAGAAGUUGCCAGCAUUCAUGCGCGUGUCAUCCAGUGGAAACAUGCUGAGCCACGUCGGCCACACCAUCUUAGGCAUGAACAGUGUGCAACUCUACAUGAAGGUUCCAGGCAGCCGCACGCCAGGUCAUCAGGAGAACAACAACUUUUGCUCUGUGAACAUCAACAUCGGGCCUGGAGAUUGUGAGUGGUUCUGCGUCCACAACAACUACUGGGAGGCCAUCAACGACUUCUGUGAAAAGCACGGGGUGGACUACCUGACAGGGUCGUGGUGGCCUGUGCUGGAGGACCUCUACAAUGCCAACAUCCCUGUGUAUCGUUUCAUUCAGCGGCCUGGAGAUCUGGUGUGGAUCAAUGCUGGAACUGUCCACUGGGUUCAAGCUGUGGGCUGGUGCAACAAUAUCGCCUGGAAUGUCGGACCCCUCAAUGCGUACCAGUACCAGCUGGCCUUGGAGCGGUUUGAGUGGAACGAAGUGAAGAAGGUCAAAUCAAUCGUCCCCAUGAUCCACGUGUCCUGGAAUGUGGCUCGUACGCUCAAGAUCACAGACCCAGACACCUACAAGAUGAUCAAACACUGCCUGCUGCAGUCCAUGAAGCACAUCCAGAUCCUGCGGGACCAACUGGUGGCUGGAGGAAAGAAGAUUUCGUAUCAGAGUCGGGUCAAAGAUGAGCCGGCGUACUACUGCAAUGAGUGUGACGUGGAGGUGUUCAAUUUGCUGUUUGUGACGAGCGAGAACAACAACAGGAAAAUGUACAUGGUUCACUGUGAGGACUGCGCCCGCCAGCGCAGCCCCAACCUGACCAACGUGGUGGUACUGGAGCAGUACCGCACGGAGGAGCUGAUGAAUGUGUACGACACGUUCAGCUUGGCGUCAUCCUCCGGCUCCCGGUGACAGAGCUCCUUUCCUUAGCCAUAACCAAAACUCCUGCAUGUGGGACAAAAAAAGACAACUUUACUUUUCAGCUCACACCUUUAAAAAAAAAAAAAAAAGAAAGAAAAAGACUGUUUGGCUACUACUACUGGUAAUACUUGCUGAACAGCCACUUGAAUAUGUUUACUCAUUGUUACUGUUUACACAAAAGAAAUGCCAAGCCGCCAAUAAAGGAAAAUAAAAAUCAAUUUACUCUCAGAUGGUGCUUUCAGUCAGAGACUCUGACGUUGAGAACCAGGGGGCAGUUGGUGCUGCCGUUGAUCAAACUAUGGAGGCUAGCCGAUAGUUUCAAUGGCGUCUUUUUUCAGUACCACAACGAUCUUUUUCCUUGUUUUGAAUACUGAAGUUUGUACAUGCUGUUUUCAAAUUGUGUGGGGUGCUGUUUUUCCCGAAAAAAAAAAAAAAUAAUUUAUUGUUUUUUUUCCCUGAACUACAUCAGCCUAGAUAUUAUACCACAUUGGCCUUGUCACUUGUAUUUAAAAAGUAAAAUGAAAAAUACUAAUAGAGAUAUGAACAUUUUUCUAAAGCAUUAAAAUAAUUUUUAAAAAUUGUUUGGAAUGCUU